AUGGCGACUACCACAGCAUCAGCCACAGAUUUCGAGGAUAAGAGCGAGGCUGGCUCCGUCAGUUUCCCGGAUUUGGGGGAGAGCAUCGAUGCUUUGACGUUUGAGCAGAUCCUGGAGAUGGAUGAUGAUGAGGAGGAGAGGGAGUUUAGUAAGAGUAUUGUGUUUGGCUUCUUUGAGCAGGCGGAGCAGACGUUUGAGGAGAUGAAGGAGGCGCUCGAUAACUCCGACCUCGCCGCCCUCGCCUCCCUAGGCCACUUCCUCAAAGGCUCCUCCGCCACCCUCGGCCUCACAAAAGUCAAAGACUCAUGCGAGCGCAUCCAGCACUUCGGCCAGAAGAAGGACGAGUCCGGCACCGUCGACGAGCCCGACGAGGCGCUCUGCCUAAGGCGCAUCCGGGAGACCCUCAAGGAGGUCAAGGAGCAGUAUGAAGAGGUUGAGGGCGUGCUGAGGAGGUUCUACGCGUAG